UUCCGACAUAUCUCUUUGUCGAUCGAGAUCAUUCAGUGUACGUAUCAGACAACGAGAAUCAUCGUGUAAUGAAAUGGAAUAAAGGUGCAACAGAAGGUAUUGUGGUCGCUGGAGGACUAGGCCGAUGGAGUGCUCUGACACACUUGUACUAUCCCAAUGGAAUCUUCGUUGAUACGUUGGGUACACUCUAUGUAGUAGACUCGUUGAAUAAUCGCGUAAUGCGUUGUACUCAAGGAGGCAAGAAGCAAGCCACUAUAAUUGUGGGUGGAAAUGGCGAAGGAGGAGGAGUAAAUCAGUUCAACGUCCCCCGUGGUUUGUCUUUCGAUCGACAUGGUAAUCUCUAUGUCGCCGAUACGGGUAAUAAUCGUGUUCAACGAUUUUCUAUCGAAUAA